CCGGCGCGGGGGAAACCGGGAGAGCAGCCGCCGCCGCCGCCGCCGCAGCAGCAGCCGGGAAGCGUGGGCGGGCGUGCGCGCGCGCGUGUGCACGCGGCGCCGUGGGGUCUCGCUCUUCCUAUUGAGGCGGGCAGGCGCGUGCGCGCGAUAGGCGUGAGGCGCGGACUGUUGUAGCUCGCUCUCUCCUCUCCCGGGCAGGCGGGCGGCGGCGGCGGCUGCGGAGGCCGUGCGGGAGCGCUCAGUCUCUCUCUGAGUCCCUCCUCCCUCCCUUCCCCGCCCUCCCUCCCUCCCCGCCCCCGAGCACCCUCGCCCUGCGCGGCGGCGCCUCACACGCCGGACUGUCCCAGCCCCGAUAUGGCUCGUGGACAGCAGAAGAUUCAGUCUCAGCAGAAAAAUGCCAAAAAACAAGCUGGACAGAAAAAGAAACAAGGACAUGAUCAGAAGGCUGCUGCUAAGGCUGCCUUGAUAUAUACCUGCACUGUCUGUAGGACACAAAUGCCGGACCCCAAGACCUUCAAACAGCACUUUGAGAGCAAACAUCCUAAGACUCCACUUCCUCCAGAAUUGGCUGAUGUUCAGGCAUAAAGUUGUUUACAGGUGAAUUCAUGGCACCUAUUGACUCUUCUACUAUCUCAGACCUUAGGUAACAAACCUGCAGCUGCUUUUCUAACAAACUGUUGAUCAGCAAAAAUAAGGGGGCUACAGAAACACUCAUUUUUAUGCUGUUCCCUUUUGGGCUUCAUGCAAAGACAAUUCUGUGUAAAUGUACAGUUGGGCCCUGAUUGGAAAUCCUGAAAAUCAGUCCAUCCUUGUUAUGAAAAUUUUUUUACAAUUGUAAUUAUAUUGAUGUUCAUAUUGUGUAAAAUAACUCAUUUAAUAAAGUAGUACUUUGAUUUUACAACAUCACAGGAUAAAUGCUUGUAGAAGUUCUGUUCCACUUUUACGCAUCUGCCUUAAAAUCUAAUGAAGACAUCAGCUAAAAUUGCAAAUGCUUUGUCUCUGCCCCCUUUAUCAUUGUUUGUUGGUUAUUCAAACUAAAGCAGACUCAUUCAAUACAUGUGUUCAUGUAUUCCUAGUGUAUUAUGUUAGCUAAAACAGCUAAUGAAACAAGAAGCAUUGAUAAACUGCUGUCAUCAUAAAUUUGAUAUUAUAAUUUGUCAAUUUGUUUAGUAAAUUCUUUUUUUUUUUUUUGAGAAUUAUGUGCCUGCCAUUCCCCUUUCUUCAGUUGUACCUGUAUUGGGUAUAUCAAUUCUGAAAACAACUUGGGACAGUUCUGAGAAAGGAAUUUUAGAUUUGACAAAAUAAUCCUCUUCUUGCUGGCCCUGAAUUGGAUAUAAAUUAAAUUAUUGAUUAAAGAACAAUUUACAAGUAUUUGGUAAAUGAUUGAAAGAACCGAGUUUUCCUUAUGAAAAAUAAGGUUCCAAAGUAUGUGUUUGCCAUAAGGAAAGACGUGAAAAAUUAUUUAAUCAUUUUGUGUAAGAUUAAGCUUGAAAAAUUUAUAACUGUAAACUGGUCUGUCUUCAUUCUAUAAUAAUGUAAAUCUCUUUCAGAAUUAUUCUAGAUAGUUUUAAAUCGAAGGUUAAGCUUCUGAAAAAAAUGUUUUAAAUAUUUGCCAAAAUAAUGAAUGGAAAAUAAAUUGGUUUGAGCCAGUUUUGUAAUUAGUAAAUGUCAUUAACAGAAAGGAUGGAAUGGCAUAGCUGAGUAUCCACUUAUUGCCUUUAAGGGUCUAUUUUGGUCUUAUUUUUAAACUCUUAAAGGCCAUGUACAUUGAAUUUGAGUUGAGUCUUAGAACAGCUUUACCCCCCAUCCCCCCCACAGACUUGUUACAUAGGUAUGUUAAAGGUAUUUGUGAAGAAAAGGAUUCAAAUGAAGUUAAAUCUUGUCAGGUGAAGACUCUGUUUAGAAAUUGAUUCUCAACAAUUUAAUUUCAUCAGAACUACAAAAUUAAGUUUAAUAAUGUCCAUUUUAACUGAUUUGAUUUUUUAAAAAAAAUGAUAGGAAGAACAGUAUUCAAAUAUAUAUUUAGGAGUAGUAGCACACACUUGUAGCCAGAUUUUAUGGACACCAGAUUCUAUCCUUUAAUUGUUACUCCAGAUUCUUCCUAUGGUUUUGCAUCAUCUAUUACAUUGUAUGUAUUAUUACUGUUUAAAAUGAGAUUUUAAGAGAAAGCUCUAAUGACCUGAUGCAAAGUUUGUAAGAAAAUUCUUAUUGUUUAUCUGACCAAAAGAAAAUCUUUUAGUACCCUAUUCCAUUCCCUAAAUGUUACAUGACUAUUGAUUAUAUGGUAUCUUAUUUACUUACCAGAAUGCUAGAAUUCUGCCAUUUUUCAUGUGUUGGGUAUUAUUCUGGUUAAUUUCAGUUACAAGGAAGUAUUCUGAGCAUAUAUGUUUUUUCAAUGUUUAGUUUUUCAUUUAAAAAUGGUUAUCUUUGAAUUUAAGUUUCUCUUUCAGUUGCCUUACUAAUUGUGUAAUUUUUUAAUAAAAGGUUUUUAUGUUUGUAUUCAGUUCGUUAUGGAAAGCUAAAGAACCACAUCUAAAGCUGUAUCGCAGUGACAGGAAUAAUAGUUGCAUUUAUCUUGCAUAAAACCUUUAAUUCUCAGACCUAAUAUGUGAAUUGUUCUAUCAACUACUACUAUUUUUUUUUUUUUUUUUUUGGUUGUUGUGUGUGAAUUAAAUUUUCAGUAGGGGAAAAUCUUAAAAUUUCAGAGCCCUAAUUAAAUAUUUUUGUAAUUUGAAGAUUCUAUAACAGAACUAAUUGUUAUGAUGUCUUCAAAAAACCUAAUAAAAUAUAUUAAGGGAGGA